AUGAUGUCUCUGCGUGCAAGCGGGAUUUCCCGGUGAUGCGAUAGAUCAAUACGAUUAAUACGUCUAUUCUGUCAUAACUUAGUGAAUGAAACGCUUGUGAAAUGAACUUGUGUUUACUGCACUUUGAAGAUUACCGUGAUUUUAUUUACGUGUCAGAACUUUUGUAAGAGUGGACUUGUGAUUAAACUUCGUGAAAUUAUUUUAUUCUAUAAUUGUGUUACCAUGGCGACAGAAAGGAAAGAACGGGAGUCAUUUAUUGGCAAUGAUGUCCAAACACAACAAAGCACGGAGACUACAAAGCAAAGAAAACCACCAGGUGUCAUGUCUAUAUUGUGCCUUGUUGCCUUGAAAAGACGCCUUUGGCUGUUGCCAAUUCUGACGUCAGCAUGGCUGUUUUCGUCAUUUUGGACGUCAUAUGGUAUAGCAGUAUCAUACAAUCAUACAGAGGCGAAUUUUCCAUACAUUAGUCAUACGGCUAUAGAAGCGCCUGAGAGAUGUGUAUUUGGUCAAAUGGUGAAUGUAGGUGCCGUCAUGUUGGGUAUGAACGUGAUACUGAGGUACCUAUUCUGUAAGAACUAUCUAAAGAUCAAGAUGACACCACCGGAAGACAGAUGGUACAAGAUCAACUUGGCGGGUCUCGUGCUCGGAAUUCUGUCAGCGUUUGGUCUCAGUAUGGUGGCGAACUUUCAGACGGAGGUUCAGCGGGUACCACACUAUAUCGGGGCGGGUUUGGCGUUCGGACUUGGAACCAUAUAUUGCUGGUUCCAAACUGCUCUCACAUACCAGGUUAGGUACCGGUUCAACAACAAGAAAUUUGUUCUACUUGGUAUCCAGUUCAUCAACAGCAUCGUCAUGUCAGCCAUGUUGGUCACCUUUGGAGUAACAAAAGCCAUGUACAAAGUACAGAAAAGACAGGGACUGGGGACAAAAUGGGACGCAUUGAGGGGUGUUUAUCUAACAUCUACUGUAACAGAAUGGUUACUGGCCUUCUCAAUAUUGACCUUCACCCUCACAUAUGCUCCAGAUUUCAAAAAUAUGAGAGUGGACGACCCAAAUAUUUAUUUUGAACCCAAAUUUGAGCGGAAGCACUCGAGGAUUGACUUAAAGAAGAUGCCCGAUAGUAACAGCAACAUUACUACUACAGAUGUUGAAAAAGGCGGUGAACCAGUUGACAACCAAGUGACAAUGGACAAGUCGCAGGAAAGCAACGGUACCACGUGACAAUGUCGUCUGCAAAAUAAGGACACAAAAAGCGCUUGUGAUAUUAUUACAACUUAAUUCCAAGUUAUAUAACGUGCCUCCUUUUGCCAAUACAAAUGUGUUCAAAUAUAUUCGGGAUAAAAAUCUCCCAUGACAUUUUCAGAUGCAAAAUGGAAGGCGAGACAAAUUUUGGCGUGAGAGAGAAAAAAGGGAGAUAACUUUAUUUUUCAAACAAAAUUGUUUUAAUGUAUAUUUCUGGUGCUAUGUUCUUGUUACAAAAAUGUUUUACCUCUGGACUAAUGACCUAAUUUAUAAAAGUGCAUAGCAAAUAUGCAGGCUUGGGAGUUGCAGUCUUGUUUAUAGCUGAAACGUAUGAAUGCAACCAGUAAUGUUAAUAAUAAUCAUUGAAGAAAUUUUAAAAAAACGGUAAAUGGACUAAAUUUACAAUAUUUUCUUUAUGAAGAAAAUCGGAAUACUUUCAUCUUACUUUAGCAGAUUAUUGCUGCUUUUAAGUCUUUGUUGUACAUUUCUCAGCAUAAUUUAUGGACGGGCAUGUCUUUGCUGGUCUAAAAGUAACCAAAGGUUCAUAACCAAAAGUUUACAUAGUAGAUAUUUUACUGACAUAGAAUUGAACUUAGAUGUGGCCAUUGACCAUAUUCGGAUGUAUCGCAUUUUAUCACUUAAUUUUUAUGCAAGAAUGAGAGGCUGUGCUUUUAUUUUAAUCUUCAAUAUUUUGCUGUAUGUAAUAUCUAACUCAGAAGACCUUUAUCUACCUAUGUAUGGUACAUAUAGGUAAAACAACCAACCUGAUACUUCAGUGACUUUGUUUUCGAAGUGUGACGUCUUUUUGCCUUGACGCAUACCUGGUGCGAUAUUAAGUCUUAUGCAUUUAAAUACUGCUGUUUUUAUGAUAUUCAAAGUGUACUUACAAUCUAUUAUGCAUUGUUGCCUUCAAUGGUGCUCAAAAAGGUUUUCUUUGUUAAAUUUCAUAUUUUUAUACAUUUUCUUUUUCUUUUAUAUUUUUUGUUACAUUACAAUUUUUUGUUUGCUGUGUUUAGCUGUAUUUUGGUUGAUGUGUUUUUACUUGAAUCUUUGCUAUAAGCACCUAGAAAAAUGUUAUAACCUCUCAAACUCCUGACAGUGAUUACCUCCCUUGGCAGAGUGUACUGAUAAGGGGAGAUCACUGCGUAGGAGAUUGAUAAGUUCAUUCAGAAGAUUUCUCUGCUUUAAGCGAUUCAAGUCUUUUUCAGACGAUAUCAGAUUGUUAAAAGCUACUUAAAUCCGUAAGAAGUAUUUCGAAAGUGAGUUGCUGAUAAGGAAGUGACCUUGGUCUUCUACUACAUUUUAUUUGGUGAUUAUAGAACCGUAUAUAAAUUAUAAUUUUUUGUGCAAACUUUAUUCUGUCUUCCAAUGCACUAUACAUUAUUUUCGACAAUUUUUGUUCUUGUUUUUAAGAGCAAAACUUCUUAAAAUGCAAUAUUAAGGCUUUCAGUUAGAAAAUAUGUGUUCUUUUUGGCAUGAAACUUGUAUAUUUUUCUACGCAAUGAGUGAAUGCAAGAUAUUUAUUAAUUCAUUAAAUUGUUUAAAAAGUUAACUAUAACAUUGCUGGGACAGAAAUUUACAACUGUAUGACGUCAGUUCAACAUGUACGUUUUUGUACAUGAAUCUGACAAGAUUCCAUGCCGUUGUGACAAAAUUUCUACCCUAAAAUUUAUAAUGGACUGAUCCAAUUGAAGAUUGGUCGAGUCCAUUUAGAAAAUUCAGCAGGUUAUAGGUUAAAAUACGUUGGUUUUAUUACGAGGUAUAUUUUUACACUAUUAUUUAUUGUUGUAUACAUGUAUAUAAUGUAUGUAAAGGGUUUGAUGUGUUAAAUAUAUGUUGGAUAUUUGUAUACCAAAGAUCAAAAUGAAUUUGAGAAUAUAAUAGUAGAAGGGUUAUAUUUGAUAUAGACUAUGAGGGUAAUUUGAUGAGGUAUUUUGUUGUUUUAGAUAACAUACUGUAGUAAUAAAUGAAUCAAUGUAGUUUAUUGUUUAUCAUAAUUAAAUAAUUAUUGUAAAAUGUAUGUGUUUUUAUAACCAAUGCAAAACAUCUUUUUUUUCAUAUUUUUUCUUCAUUUUUUAAGCAGCUCGCUUCUAGACGAGUUCUAAUUUUAAUGAAUUUUAAUUGUUCUGAUUAAAGUUUUUCAAAUAGUAUGAUUUGGAUUUGUGUAUGGUACAUAUUAUUCACAAAUUUUAGAAUAGUAUUAAUAGUUAAAAUAUUUAGGAAAACCUUUGCUGCGUUAGUGAAAUGGUAAACAAUGUGAUGAUAAAAAAGAACACCAGAAAUACUUCAUAAACACUUUAAACAUGUUACUUUGAUUUUGAACUUUUAUAUAUCGUACAAGCAUUACCUGGAAUCCCGGAUAUAACGAAAAAAAUGCAGUCCCAUUAGAAAUUCAUUUUAAGUAUUUUCCAAUGUGUUUCUUUCUAAAAUUUAAGAUUUUUGAAAAAUUGUUUGUUCAUCUGUAGGUGUGCUAGCAGCAUUAGAAAAGCAAUAAAAACAUUAAUGUAUGUAUCAAAAUUUAUUCAAACAAUGGAAAUUUAUUUGAAUUCAUAUACAAUGUAUCUACCAAUAAACAGCAAAUAAACAUUGAUUUCUGUUAAAAAGUGUUUUUUGUAGCUGAUGGAAAUAUUCUGAAAUAACUUUCAAAAACUAUACCAUCACGUAGUUUUCGUACUUUUAUAUAAUCUUGGAGAGAGUUUGGAUAAAAAAAGUUGGGAUAAAAAAGUAUCUACAUGUAAUGUACAAAAUGAAAUGUUCCUUAAAAUAUAUUCAGUAACUAUUUGUAGUAUAUGUUAACCAAUGAUUGGGCGCGUUCGCCACUCGUUUUAUUGGAAAUUUACACACUUAAGUCUUUCAAUUUAGGUACUGUUUUUAGCUGUAAACAAUGAUUUUUUUAAGAUACAAAAAUGCUCUACCGUUCACAGACAGCUCAAUAUAAAUCACUUCACUUUUUCAAUCAAUUUUACUUAUAUUACACCACAUAGAGAAAUGUUUUUAUGAAAUUUCCAUCAUUUUACCAGUUUAAUUAUUAUUUAAAUUAUUUGAUAUUGAAUUAUGUUCAAGAAGAUGUUAUAUUAACUAUUUAAUACUGUUUAUGAAGAUGUUUUAUUAAAAAGAAUUGUUAAUUGUCUCAAUCUAUCACAUUUAAGUUUAUCUAAAACUGUGUAUUUUGUAUAAUACUACAGUAGUCAAUGUUUUAUGGUUUGUAAUAUAGUUGUACAAUACAACCUGUGUAAGGUUGACAAGGCUUUAGGCUGUUGUAAAGAAGUGUUGCUCUAGUGAGAUUGAAUUUAUUGUGUAAGAACAAAUGCUAUUGUACAGAGAUCAUUGUUCUACAUUAUGGCCGCUAUAUAGAGGUUGCAUUAGACAUGAAAAUGAUGCUAUUUGACAAACUAAAAGAUUACACGAAAAGAGAAAAAAAAAGAUUUAAGAUAUGUAAGUUUUAAAGAAUGAUAUUUACUUAUUGAGUAUAGUAGUAAUUAAGAUAUUAAUACAGUACCAUUUAAAAUUGUUUUUCUAUUUGUUUUUCAAUGUUUGUAUACAAAAAUAAAAUACUUUAAAUUUGUA